GUGGAGGAGGAGAUUCCACAGAGGUGAAGCUUUAUACUACACCUUUGAGAGGAGAGGCAGAGCAAGGAGGAAGAAGAAGAGGGUUUUGCUACGUGGCAUGGAAUUCAUGGCAUACUAGUUAGUUCUUUCUUCUUCCUCUUCCUGUUCUCUGCCUCUUUCUUUCUUGUUCGCAAGCCACCCACGCAGCCAGCCGCUGCAAGGGGCCACCGCCGGCUGCGCUCCGCCACACCCGACCUGAGGUCCGCCGCUUCCACCAGGCAAGGUGAGUUCAGCGCAAAACAAGGUGACUUGGCUGCUACUACCAUCCUCCAUCUGUUUUUCAACUAAACACCACCUCUCUUCUUCCCCAAAUCUCUGACUAGUUUUUUUUUUAGAAAUGGAGGAUGACCCCCGGCCUCUGCAUCUGGAAGAUGCAUACGGCCACUUUAUUAAUUAUUCUCGAGGACCUUACAAAGUAUUACAGACAAUAUUCCUGAAUCCACCAUCUCGGCAACAUAUGUACUCUUAUCCAUAUGAUGAAGGGAUGCUAGUUGGGCCACUACCCAAACCACUCACCUAAACCUAACAUCAAAAGCCGGCAGCCCCAGCCGAGCCACAUACCGGGUCUGGGGCACAAUCCGGUCAGACACACUCUUGUGUCGUCGCAGCCAUCUUCCACAGGUCCGUCUUCAGAAUAUAUUGAGUCUUCUACCUUGUGAAGGCCACUCCGCCAUCAACGUCACCAUAACGCCAGACAGCUACCUCCUCCUGCGCGAGUCCAUCUCCGCGCAUCGGGCGCCAAGUCUCCACUGCACCACGCCGCCGAGACCUGCUGCCAUCAAUGAUUAAGAUGAAGCACCGCUCCACCAAAAAAGCCGCCCACUGGUCCCUCGAUCCCGUGAACACCUCCAAGACUGACGCCCCCAAGAGGAAACGACACAAAAUAGCGCCGCCGUCAUCCGAUCUACUGAUCUAGGGUUUCCCCCGGAGAUAGCAGAUGGUGGCCUUGAACUUUUCCUCGGCGAUGCCUUCAAGAAGGGAACACCGCAUAACAGCGCCGUCACCGCCGGCCUUGGCAGCUAGCCAAAGGCAGGUUUUCACCCAGAUCUGUUCGAAGAGCCUCCAUCAAGCAUCGUGUGCACGGAUCGCCCAAACCCGCGCCGCUCGCCGGGACCAAGCUAGAUCCGACAGAGCACGCAACCACCGGACGCACCUCCUCCCGCCAGCCCUGCCGCCAAAGCACCAGCAGCCGCGCCGCCAGGAUGCAGCCACCGCGGCACUGCCAGCCAUCCCCGCCGCCGCAUCCAGAAAGGGCGCGGUGCUCAGAUCUGGCCGCCUGCCCCGGCCGACCGCGACCCCCACCAUGUGCCGGGGCCAGCCCGACGACACCGCCCAGGACCGCCGCUGCACCCGGCCGCCGGACCUCGCAGAUCGGCGCGCGCAGCCGCCGCACCCAGCGAGGAGGGAAGGAGAAGAAAGGAGGGCGCCCAGGAAGAAGCCCCGUCGCCGCCCUCACUGGAGCCCGCCUGGCUUCGCCGGCGGAGCGCCUCCGGCAGCGGCGAGACGGGAAGGGGUGAGGGGAAGGCCCGGCGGCGCGCGAGGGAGUCGCCCCCCGAGUCGCCAGAGGAGGGCGACGCGGGGGUGUUUUGAGGCCGGCGACGGGCGUCGCUUCUGGGACGUGAAGGUGGUCUUGGACUCCGGCGGCUACAUGUACUUAGGGCGCGGCUGGGAGCAGUUCACGCGUGCGCACGACCUGCGGCUCAGGUACUUCCUCGUGUUCACCUUCGACGGCGACGCCGUGCUCACCCUGAAGGUGUUCGACGUGAGCAUGUGCCAAAGGCACUACAAGCACGACGACGACAUGAGCACUGUGAGCAGCAGCGACGGUGACAGUGGGAACAACAACAGCAGCGUGGGUGACAGUGGAAGCAACAACGGCAGCGUCGGUGACAGCGGCAGCAACAGCAGCAGCACGGCGGAGAUGGACGCCGAGAACGGGCCGGCGUCGCAGUUCAGCCCCAUGCUAAGGAAAUGCAACCUGAACGUGUCGGUGGACUUCCAGCUCGCGCACGGGUACGCGGAGAGGAGCAAGGUGGAGCUGCGGAUGCGCGGCAAGUCGUGGCCCGUGCACCUGAAGCACAACCCCAACACGGGUGGCAGGCCCCGUGCGUGGUUCAGGUACGGGUGGCACCAGUUCUGCGUCGACAACAGCCUCGGCGAGGGAGAUACCUGCUUCUUCCGAGCGAUCUGCCAAGGGAGCGCCAGCACCGGCGGCGAGGACCACCUAACUCAGGGUGGAGGUGAGGAAGCGGGACGGCAGAUUCCUGGUCUGAGGCGAGGGCCUCCGUUGCAUGCAUCAGCCUGGUUGGCCGGCGUGACCUCGUUCGCGGCCAUGCAUGGUCAUGGUUUUGCCUCAUCCGUCCCUCAUCUGCUUUCCACGCAACUUUCUUCCCCUGUGAUUCGAGUCCUGUGCAUGUACCACGCAGUGCAGUGAUAUCCAUGUGCCAACCAGUUGCUCGGCUUGGCACCGUGAGUAACUAAACCCUAAACACAUUUUUCUCCUGUGAUCACCUGAUUAUUUUGAAGCACUGACCGUAGAAAACAUUCUAUUACAGGUUUAACAUAUGUACUGC